GGAGGUAAACCUUCACCGAGAGACAUCAUCAUCAUCCUCAUCGAGCAGAGACUGUAGAGUCCCAGUCCACAUGUCUUCAGUUGGAUUUGGUUCUGCCACCAGGUUUGAUCGAGUCAGAGAAAUGCCAUACUAUGACCAAGUCCCAAUGGGCUCCCCAUGGCCAGACAUUGAACCACCCCCACCCCCAUCAUCCUUGUAUGAGACGGUUCCAGCAGUCAUUGUAGACUCCCUUCCACCUCCCCCUCUGCCACUACAACCAGCUGUUGGACCCGAGUCUUUCUAUUCCCCCAGUGACGACCGGCCCAUGGAGAGUGACUCUGAUGCCAUGGACAUCAAGCCAGUCCAUCGCUUCAUCCCCGACUCUGUCAAGAACUUCUUUCGUAGAGGGAGCAGCAGGAGUCGGUCCAGUUCCUCUCAUCCACGGUCAUAUUCUCCUGCUUCCUCUUCCAAAAAGAGUACCAAUGGCCAAACCACAUCAGGGGUCCCCUGCUCACCUCCCAACUCUGCCCCUCCCUCUCCAUCACUCCCCAACUCCUAUCGGGACCCGUACGGUGGUUCUGGAGGCAGCUACACUCCUAAAAAGGAGCGAGAUGGUUUUUUGCUGGGUGCUGAAGCAACGGAUUUAGCCUCUACAGUUCCCAGUAAUCAGUCAGUCCGGACCUACCAGGAGCGGGUGGAGGAGUAUCAUCAGCGCUACGCGUACAUGAAGUCUUGGGCCGGUCUGUUGAGGAUCCUGGGUUGUGUUCAGCUGUUGCUUGGAGCAGCUGUGUUUGCCUGCGUCUGUGCUUACGUUCAUAAGGAUAAUGAAUGGUUCAACAUGUUUGGAUACUCCCAGCCGCAGCUGUAUGGAGGGUUGGGUGGAGGUGCAUACGGGUAUGAGACCACUUACUACUCAGGCCCAAAGACUCCUUUCAUCCUGGCUGUGGCUGGUCUGGCGUGGAUAGUGACUGUGAUUCUGGUCGUUCUUGGGAUGUCCCUGUACUACAGAGCCAUCCUUCUGGACUCGUCCUGGUGGCCCCUAACAGAGUGCUCCAUUAAUCUGGUAUUGGCUGUGCUCUACCUGGCAGCAGGGAUUGUCUAUGUGAGAGACACAACCCGGGGGGGUCUCUGUAGCUCGCCUGUCUUCAAUAAUGGGGUCAACGGUGCAUUUUGUCGCACAGAGUCUGGUCAGGUAGCAGCCAUCGUGUUCCUAUUCAUCACUACAGUUCUCUACUUCAUCAGUGCAGGAGUUUGCCUGAAGCUGUGGAGGCAUGAGGCAGCGAGGAUGAGGAAGGAGGCGCUCAAUCAGGAGAUGAACACCAUUGGCUCAUCCAUACCCUUGUCUGUUCUGGAUGGAGGUUCUCGGAUAUCGGAGCAGACUCCCCUCCCCACCAUUCAGCCAGAUAUCAUGAAUGCUUCAAACACUCCUCUGAUCACAGCUGAACCAGAAAUACUCAGAGGCCACAUUCCAGCAGGACACAUCCCCAAACCUGUUGUCAUUGCUGACUAUGUUGCGAAGUACCCAAGCAUCUGCUCAGAUGAGGAGAGGGACCAGUACAGGGCUGUGUUCAAUGAUCAGUACGCUGAGUACAAGGAGCUGCAUGCUGAGGUCCAGGCCAUGGCCAAGAAGUUUGAAGAGAUGGACGAGAUGAUGCAGAACCUCCCAUCCAGGCCCUCCAGCCAAAUGGAGAAAGAACGGAUCAACAGCAUUUUAACUGAGUAUCAAAAAAAGAAAUCUGACCCAACCUAUCUGGAGAAAAGAGAUCGUUGCGAGUACCUGAAGAACAAGCUGUCCCACAUCAAACAGAAGAUCCAGGAGUACAGCAAGACCACAGACUAGAAAUGUAAUCUUUGAACUCUGUCGUCUGAUUUAGAUGCAGCAGUCUGACCUUCAAAGGCUCAUUAUCAGAUUCUUAUUUUUAGAUGGAUCAAAGGAGAAACCUUGAACCCCAACAGUGUGAUGACAUUUUAAAUGAACCAGUUAGAUUUUUCUUUUGAUUACUAGUUUUACCGGAUGACAAAUAUUCAUUUGUUCCCAGCAUAGAAUAACUUUGAGAUGAGGUGGUUUUUCUGAAAGACGUCAGAGCAGGUUGUUGGUACCACUAGAGAUUGAACUUGCUUCACAGAACAAUAGAUUUAUC